AUGACCGCCAAGAAUCUCGUCGACCUUGUCGACAGCUGCCCACCCGACGAUGGUUGGGGCUGCAGCGUCACCUCCGACAUCACUCUAAAUGGCGUUCCCUACGCCCCCUUCUCCAAGGGCGACAAGCUGAGCCGUGUCGCCGACUGGUCAUCAGAUUCCAAGGAUCGUGAUGGUAGGGGAAGGGGCCAAUACGGCAGGAACUAUCGAGACCAACAAGUUUACGGCGCGAACCACGCUGUCAUUUUCAACGCUCCUCCCACCGAAGACGAGGGAAGCUUCUCAGUCGUUAGCAACACCAGGGACACUGGCAAGACGAGGUAUGGCCGAGGAGCCGUCUUCACGAGAGGCCGAGGCCAGCGCGGUGGCAGGGGUGACAGGACAUCGGGACGACAGACACUUCAGCGCUCCGGCCGUGGAGGCCAGCAAGGCUACGGCUACCAGGGUAGACAGAGCGCCGGUGGCAGGGGCCGUCGGUUUGGCUGGAGGGAUUACGACAAGCCUGCCCGCAACCGCGACGCGAGUAUUAACGUCAAGGCCGAGUGGCAACUUCUCGAGGAGAUCGACUUCAACCGACUUUCGAAGCUUAACCUCGAGGCUGAUGAGGGCGAGGAUGUAGAGAGCUAUGGUUUCCUCUACUACUACGACCGAUCUUACGACAAGCCCCCUGUCAAGGGCACCGAGAAGCGACUUACUGCUCUGGACCGUGCUGCGUACAACGUCACUACCUCGUCUGAUCCUGUGAUCCAAGAACUGGCCGAGAAGGAUGAGGCGACCAUUUUUGCCACCGAUAGCGUCCUCUCCAUGCUCAUGUGUGCGCCCCGAUCGGUAUACCCCUGGGAUAUCGUCAUUGUCAGACAAGGAAACAAGAUCUUCCUUGACAAGAGAGAUAAUGCCGCUCUUGAUAUGGUCACCGUUAACGAGAAUGCUGCGGAUGCGCCCAUGGAUGCCGCGGACGGAAACAAGGACACCAUCAACCAGCCCGGCGCCCUCGCUGAGGAGGCCACCUACAUUAACCACAAUUUCGCCAACCAGGUUGUGCUCGAGAACGAGAGCAACAAGGUCAAGAUGCCUAACCCCAACCCCUUCUAUAACGCCUCCGAGGAUACCGACCCCCCAGCCAGCAAGGUCUACAAGUACAGGAAGUUCGACCUCUCCACCAAUGAGGAUAACCCCGUCUACUUGAUCGUCCGAACCGAGCUCGACGCGGUGCAGAAGAACGCCAUUAGUGGUGAAGAUCAGUUCCUCGCCGUGAAGGCGCUGAACGAAUUCGAUAGCAAGGCUCCUGGCAGCGGUGGCGCUCUCGACUGGAGGGCCAAGCUUGUUAGCCAGAGGGGUGCUGUCGUGGCUACUGAGAUGAAGAACAACAGCUGCAAGCUUGCCAGGUGGACCGUCCAGAGCAUCCUUGCCAAGGCUGACCAAAUGAAGCUUGGAUUCGUUUCCCGAGCCAACCCCCGUGCCAACGAUAAGCACGUUAUCCUUGGUGUAAUCGGCUGGAAGCCUCGGGAUUUCGCCACGCAGAUGAACCUGUCGCUCUCCAACGGUUGGGGUAUCGUCAGGACCAUCGCCGACAUGUGCUUGAACCACGGCGGCAACAAGUUCAUUCUCGUCAAGGAUCCUAACAAGCCCAUUGUCCGCCUGUACGAGAUACCCGCGGGCUCCUUCGAUGAGGAUGAUGAGGAUGGACACGAGGAGGCUGAGGCUGAGGAGUAG